AUGGACACUGCUGGCGCCACACAGGUGCUUGCUGCACUAGAGGUGAUUUACUCGCCGAGCUCGACCAAUAAUGACAGACUGAAGAGCCAAACGUUUCUCGAUCGGGUGAGAUUGCAGGAGGAAUCACCUUUUUGGGGAUACGAGAUUGUCCUGAAUAAUUCAACGAAUUUUAUAGUGAAACAUUUUGGGUUGGGUUUGAUCACCCAUGCCAUGAAGCACAGUUGGAAGGACUAUAACGCGGAAAAGAGAAUUACAUUGCGGAAAUGCAUUAUGGAGUUGAACUACAGAGUAAUAGACGAAGAUCCCAGAUAUAUAAAGGAAAAAUUGGCCUACCUAUGGGUGGAGGUGGCCAAAAGAACUUGGGGGGAGGCCCUCAAGGGUGGUGAUCCAACGGAGGAACUACUGGUGGAAUCGUGGGUGGAUAUGGAUAGUAAUUUGACAGAACUAUGGGGGAUUAGCCAAGCAUCGCGUGAAUUGGCGUUAAUCAUUUUCAGAAUCCUGUUUGAGGACGUGUUUCUCCUGGAUGACAUGAUCGUUCUUAAGAGAAUGACCAUCAUCCAACCAUUGUGUGUCAUGCUCGUUUGUCCGAUGGACGUCUUUGCCGCGAAGUACAAAUUCACGGAGAAAUGGACACUGUUCAAGGCAAAUCAGGAAGGAUGGUUUAGCGUUUGGAUCAAUGAGCUAAACGUGGCAUUAACAGAAGGUAAUUCAACCUAUGUGAUAAGACUACUAGAGACUUUGAAAACGUGCUUGAACUGGCCACUGAGCGAAGUGAUUAUCAAAAACGACGUUCUGUCCACCUUAUUGCAAUGCUUCCUGAGCAGCAUACCGAAAGCUCAAUCCAUGGCGCUAGACUCCAUGCACAUCCUAUUGACGCGACCAUACAAUAACGAUGAACAUUACCAACUCGUGAUUAACAAAGUAUUUGACAGCAUGGACAUACUAGAUAAAGUUUAUGGUGAUUUGCAGUUUAAUAUGGAGGACGGUGUCGAUGAAUCAAAAUACCCAAUCAUCAAGAAAUUCGUAGAUAUGGUCAGUUGUCUUUACGUCUGCGUGUUCAAAGUGGACAAUGAUAAUGGCCAGAUCGAAAAAUACAUGAAACUUGUCUUGAGAGCCACGUUUCAUCCGAGUCUAAUUGUCAGUGGCCUGACCUUGGACCUAUGGUGCUCGUGUUUGAGGAACGACGAUUUCAUACCUCUGUUGGACAGAUAUGUUUUGCGAGAUUUGCUGCAGUUUGCCGCAGAUGCAUUGAUAUACUACGAACAGAUAGAAGACCACGUUUCGAAGAAAUUCAUGGAUAUCGAUUUCCAAUCAAAGACUGACUAUCAAUCUUUUUGCUCAAGUUACAGGAAAAAAAUUAGAGACAUAAUCAGGUUGAUUUCCUGUGUCAGACUAGACUAUACGUACGACUGGUUGAACGAUAGAUUAAACACCUAUUUUGCUUCACCUUACGGUCAGGAGAUCUUGAGCUCUACCUUUUUGAACACGAAAGUGGAGCCGUAUCUUAGUGCGUUAUCACAAUUCAUGAUUAUUGAGUGUUUUAUUAAUGGAUGUAUACGGUGGAAGAUAUGGUAUCCGUCAACAGAAAAUGACUAUGAUACGAAACUGGAAGAUAUCUUGCAAAAAUUGGAAAUUCUGUCGAAUCAACUGAUAGCAUUAAACAUCCGCGAACCGUCGCUACUGAAAAAACUAGUCCAGAACUUUGCACUUUUCCUUACGAUGUUGAAAGACAAUGUACUUUUCAUGUUACUUGAAAAGAUUAUAACAACUGCCACAUUGGACUACCCGGGCAUAGAUCUGGAUGAACUAAACGAAAAAUCAGAAGCUGUGAGAGAACUGCGGUACGCAUGCGGGAUCGAAUUAAACAGGAUGGCCUUACUGAUGCCAGAAUCCCUUAAAGCAAUAUACCCCGACCUUGAGAGUGUCGUAGCAAGGAUUAUGCCCAAUCUGUCUUACCAUGAAAAAAUCUCUUUCGAAUCCUUUCUACUGACAAUUAUUUUGAAAUCUUCGUUAGAAGGGAAGGAGGAGAGAUUCUCUGCAAUUGUAGACCCCGAAUUGAUGGCAUGGUCUGACAAGGGCACAGUAGUGGGAUUAUCCGACAUUCCAUGGUUUAUGGAAAGGUUGGGUGUUGUGCAAAUUGCAGAAUACUUCCAAAAGAGAGGCAUCAACGAAAACAGUAAUUUAUUGGAUAUUCCGAUUGACGAAGAGGGCAAGAAAUUAAAGAAUGAUCUAAGCAAACGUUGGCAAACGUUAUUUCCGGUUCGUGCUACAAGAAUGUUUAUCCACUAUUCUAUGCAAAGUGUAAAGAAGGAUGAGGAGUUCAAGAUGUUGCAGGACCUAUGGAGACCCAGGAUUGUGCCAAUUCUCCCCUACAUCAUGAGACUUCUGUAUCAACUGACAGCGUACCACGAUCCUGAUAGCUGGGUAGAUCUCCCAGUGGUUGUCCAAUCGUUUGUCAAGUAUUCGACAGUAGAAAGGUUCUGGGAAGCUGGAGCAUCCAAUAAGUCUAAGGAUGAGUUUAUCGACGAACAUAUGAAGGCUAUGCAGACGCUAAGAGAUUUUGCUGAUUCUGUCGGUCAUAUUGUCAGAUACACGAGGGAAUACACUUUACUGGUUAUCAGUGCUAUAUCUUCACUGGGGUCAGUGUUUUUUGAGAUUGAUGAGGUGCCAGAUAUGCUGCUUGAUUCGAUAGCUAUUUAUAAGCCAGGUACUUCUAUCAUCAGUCCUGGCGUAUCAACCCAUGGUUGGAAGCAUGUUUUAAAUGUUGCUAUUAGGCCAAUCUUGAAAAACUGUCCGGAGAGCUGCAGUGCCAAAUUUAUGCCAGCCUUCUUACCAAAGUUGUUCAAAACUCUGGAUAUUCUUCUCUGUGAGAAAUGGUCCGGUAUUAUGAACGAUAACGACUCCUCAGCGGGUCCAAGAGACGAUGACGAGGUUACAGAAGAGAUUCUGGAGGAGAACCUCCUACGGCAACUGACAACGGUAGUUGUUUUGAUGUUAUUGGACUGCAUAGGACAAGUGGGUCCAAACUCCAAACAAAAGCUAAACACGCACCAAGUGAAGAUGAGAAAGAUCAUAUUUACUGAUAUGAAUACGCUGGCCUCCUUUUUGAAACUUUUGAACCAUUUGAUAUCAUUCAAGGACAGCAAGUGCUCCUUCAACGCAAUGCUUAUAAUGAAAUCUUGCCUAGCAGAUGUUCUAAUCAAGGAUGAAAGUGUGGACCAGUUUUUCUCCUUUGAAGUCAUGAAAACACUGUUACAUACCCUGGUAUCCCAAAACACGUACAGAGACUCGUUCUACGAGGGGAUGUACAUAUUCACGGUUUUAUUUUUGACGCUCUGCAGGGAAUAUACCUCUACAAGGGAAUAUCUGUUUGAACUCUCCCACGGUUACGAUAUUGAUUCACUAUAUGACAAUUUGAGGAAAGUCGAGAAUUACAAGAAUCAGCGCGCGUUGAUGAUCGAUUUUUUUGAUCAUGUCAAAAGGGCCAAUGGUAGUGUAGAUGAUACCGAAGAUAGCCACGGAGCAGUCGAAAGGAAGAGACAGGAGAAGAGAGAGGCAAAUUUGAGGAGAGUCAACGAGAAAUUGAUACAGAAACAUAAAGAUCCAAGUGAUCUGUUGGAUGACCCUGCGACUGAAAACGGCGCAUUUGCCAAUCUUUUUGAAUCGGCGUAG